UGUGCCCACUACUCUCACUACUCAUCCCUCCGCUCACUGCGCACAAGCCUGACCGAUAGGCAGCUCGACCGAAAAGGAGGUCGAUCCAUGCAUCUGUCAACAGACUUGAGACAUGCAUUCCUUCACGAAGCGAAUCCACAUGACCCUUGCCAUUGCAACACUUGAGACAAGGUGGCCAGUCGGUGCGCUCUAAUUCAUAGCGGUGCUCGCCGCUUCCCACUUCCCGCUUCCCGCUUAUCGCUCUCCCUCAUCCCCUCUUGGCGCCAGAAGCAUUCUCAAGAUGGUCUGGUCGCCACCUUUGCUGUCCCAAUGGUCGCAACUCCAAUGGCUGAGCGCCAAGUCUGGACAAGGCAUGACCACGCAGUCAGAGUCAGCAUCGCUGCCGAAUGAGUACAUCACCGCUUGUGCGGUAGCCGCCCUCUUCUCGACCCUGCUAUCUUUCUACUCCAUCAACUCACACCUCAGAGCCUACCGCAAGCCGGUUCUGCAGCGGUCAGUGGUACGUCUGCUGCUCAUGGUGCCCAUCUACAGUCUCAGCAGCUUGGCGAGCAUCACGAGCUUGGAAGGAGCCUUCUUUAUCGAUUUGGUCAGGGACAUAUACGAAGCGUUUGUCAUUUACUGCUUCUUUGCGCUUCUGGUGGAGUAUCUUGGGGGAGAGCGGUCACUACUUAUUCUGGCUCAUGGCAGGGCACCCACCAAGCAUCCUUUCCCAUUCAAUCUCCUCUUUCAACCCAUGGACGUCAGCGACCCUUACACGUUUCUAGCGCUCAAGCGAGGCAUCCUCCAGUACGUUCAAGUCAAGCCCGUGCUCGCGGUCGCCACAGUAUUUCUCAAAAUCACUGGUCACUAUGAAGAAGGCAAAUUGAGCUGGACAAACGGUUACACCUACGUCAGCUUCGUCUACAACUUCAGUGUCUUUCUGUCGCUGUAUGCGCUGGCCAUGUUUUGGGCUUGCUUGUCUGAAGAUCUUGCGCCUUUCAGAGUCACUUCCAAGUUUUUGUGCAUCAAGGGCAUCAUCUUCUUCAGCUUUUGGCAAGGCCUUGCAGUCUCCAUCCUGGUAGCUGCCGGUGCGAUCACGAACAUCGGGCCGAUCAGCGAUCAAGCAAAGCUUGCGCUGGCUAUUCAGGACAUGCUGGUCAGCUUUGAGAUGCCGCUCUUUGCAUUGGGCCACGCUUAUGCCUUCUCGCCCAGAGACUAUGUGGAUCCCUUUGCGCACUAUGCGGCUAGGCUGCCCGCACUGUAUGCGCUUCGCGAUGCGACCGGAGGCUAUGACGUGCUUUCAGACAGCGUAGGCACGCUGAGCGGAAAGGGCUAUGGGUACCAGACGUUUGAGCCGAGCGAGGGCGUAGUUCAUCAAGGGCUGGGGAGGAUUAGGCGUAGCAAGGCCGGAUUGCGUUAUACCCAAGGCGGCAAAGGAAAGUACUGGCUGCCGCAAUGGGCUGCGGUCGAUGGCUCUCUAGAUGGUCCCCUCGGCACGCGCCACAGAGGCCCCGCCACCACAUUCAAGCAAUGGCUCGAUCAUCGGGUCAUGGCGCGAGAGGGCUACGCGCCGCUUUUAGAAACAGAAGCAGAAGACAUUGUGCAUCCUGAUCCCGACGCUUCAAAGCCUGGCGAUGAUCCUGGAGAGGGCGCAGAUGAGGCAGGCCCGUCGCGUAUAAAUCCCAGAGCUGCUGCCUCUGCUGCGGUCGCUCGGGCGGAACAGACAUGGCAUCGCUUGCACCCCGAUGCAGAGGCGGACAACUCGACGCUGGAAUUUGACGAGCCGCAAGUGGACGCUGAUCUGGAGAAGCUCUUUACGGAAAGCAGGAAUCUGCGACACGGGGACUAUGCCUAUCCGACUGUGGAUGUCGGAAUGGAAGAGCAGCGACGGCGAUCGCGCGAGAGGGACGAUCAAGCUAUCAAGCGUCACAAACAGCGCAAAGACCAGAAGUCCAAAGUCGGCAAGGUAAUGGACGAUGAAUCGCAACAGGCCAAGCGCGCGUCUCAAGCCAGUCAGGACACUGCCGCAGACUACGGUGCCACCGGCGAGAGCUCAGAACAGACUCACACGGAGUCUGAUGCGCCUAAGAAGGAGAGCAAAGGCUGGUUCUGGAACAGGAAGCCGAAGAGAGCCAAACCCUCUGACGAAGAAGAGGGACCACCACAAGGAAUCGUAGACAUCUUCGUCCAGGAUCGAGAAGCUGAAGAGCGGCAAAGAUUGAGAGAGAGGCGUAGAGGUGACCCUGCACUCAGAGCCGGUCAUCAUACACGCAUCUUUCGGCGGCAAUGGGAGGGGCAGGCGGAAGUCACAUCAAGCAACUCCGACGUUAGCUCUCCACCCCAAAGCGCUGUGGACGAUUCUGCCUCGCAAGACACAGCGCAGCCUAGCGAGCCGGUAGGCUCCAAGCGCAGAGAGCGGGGGCCAAAGCAGCAACCUUUCGAUCAUGCCAGGGUUGCUGAAGAGACGGCUGCUGAGGCGGAGAUGCAGGCUCAUCCUGAAGCCGAGAGAAUUGGCAAGGAUGGCGAUGCGUCAGACCCUAAGGGCUCGGUCAUCGCGGCUGAUACCGGCAAAAAUGACGUCGUAUCACGCGAGACUGCUCUACCUCGCUUGUCCAAGGGUCACUGAGGCAUGAGGCACCUUGGCCAGCGUGCACGUCGUCCCAAUUUGCAAGCACAUACUCGGAGAGUCGCUGGUUGUAAUUCUAUCAUUACUGACACUUCUAUGCGUACCUUCACUGGAUCGAGACCCGACCGCCCUUCUGACUAUAGAGCCGCAAGCCUUGAUCUAUUCUAUCUUCUGCUUUGUCUGCUGCACCUUGGCCUUGAGCUGUUCAACCGCCU